CUUGCAUGUAUUUCUAUGUAACGUGUAUUCGCGACAGACCUAAGAUGCCGGUGUUUUGCUGUUCACUGUUGCAAUUAUAAGCAUCCAGCUGGCUCUGGCUACGACGCAGUGAACCAACUUGGAAACCAAUAUAGAUGAGGUUGUGACUGAUCACCACUACCUGCCCAGCCAUCUAGAGGGUGUACCAAGAUAAGAGGGUAAACACCCAGUGACAGAUUGCCACUCGGCUGAGAACAUCUACGUGAAGCUGUACAGCUAUAUCUUAACAACAGUAGUAGCAGAGAAGAAAGGUUGUGAAUGAUGAAGUUCACAGUCCAGUGCGUACGAGGACAGGGUGCGAGGCUGGGAAAACUAUCAGAGAUGGGUAGACAGGGAAGCAUGACGCUAGAUACACCUAUGUGCAUGCUCUACACUAGAGGAGGUAGCGCCCCAUUCCUCGGUCAUGACCUGUUGAAGAGAUUGGAUGGUGUUCCUGCAAUGGUACAUAUGCCCGUCAACCUACUGGCAGAGUACCAGGAGACAAUAGAAGGUUAUAAGGAAGGUAUGGCAAAGUUUGCUGCAUUGGAUGAUAAAAUAGUGUACACAUCGUCACAUGACCCAGCAGUUGAAGUUCCGUCGGGGAAAAAUGACAAGGCGAGCAUUGGCGUGUGGGGGAAAGGUGGAAAAGUCAGGCUUGACACAGAUGGGUUUAUAAAGCUACAGGAAGCGAUACAACCAGACUGGUUUCAGUGUAUGUCAGAUGCGGAUACAGACAAGAUGAGCACAAAAAAACGUGCAAUAAAGGCUGUGGAUAGGACACUCAUCUUUCUCGAAGAUAUUAUGGAAAAACGGGGCAAGUCUAAGGUUUUACAGAAGAGCUGUGUGUUUGGCAGUCUUGUAGGAGGUUAUCAUGCACGCCAGAGAGAAAAAUGUGUUCAAGAAACUGUUGCCAUGGGCGUUGAUGGUUUUGUGAUAGAAGGGUUCCAUAGUGGUGGAGCAAAAACAGAGGAGUUUGACGUGGAGGAUGUAGCAGAUCUUAUCAAAUCAACAAUGAAGUUGUUACCGGAGAAUUGUCCUCGUGUGAUGCACGGAGUCUGGAGACCAGACAGGGUCCUUGAGGCUGUCGAGAUGGGUGUCGACAUCUUCGACUCCUCUUACCCAUAUGUGUUAACAGAGCGAAGUCAUGCUCUUGUGUUCAACUUUCAAUACAAACCCAACCCAGAGGCCCUGACAGAGGACAGGCAAAACAAUGAGGGAUUUACGAUAGACCUGAAAGAAAAAAGAUAUGCAGAUGACUUCAGCCCUUUACUCUCGGGCUGCACUUGCUUCAGUUGUACAAACUAUACUCGGGCUUACAUGAACCAUCUUUUCAACACCUCAGAACUCCUGGGAUCCAUUCUCCUCAUGCUGCACAACUUCCACCAAUAUUUUGGGUUUUUUUCCACCAUCAGAGAAGCUUUGGCCGAAGACAGAUUUCAAGAUCUUGUGAAAUGUGUGUUAUCUCAGAUUGAAAUAAAACCUUGACAGUAAUUUUA